AUGACCUCCUACCAGAUCGACAAAGAGCUUCACAAUCUGGAGCUGCUCAAGAUCAGGUUCGGCGAGGGUUCUCUCCACAACUGCGAGGUCAUGCUGAAGGACCUCGGGGACUCAAAGAGGCUGGACGCCUACGUACACAACGAGAGCAAGAAGGGAGCACUAGAUGCUGAGGUGGCGAGCUGGCUCAACGGGAAGAUUUUGUCCGCGUCCUUUUGGCCGUCGCUCAACUCGGAGAACAUCAAGAUGCACCCGAUGAUCGACCAGCAGCUGCAGAGCUACGGGCGCUACUAUUCCCUCCUCAAGAAGCCUCGAGCCCUCAAGUGGAAGCCAACUCUCGGAGUUGUCAAGCUCAACCUGAGCUUUGAGGACGGGAGGGAAGUACCUUUCACCGUCUCUCCCGUCCUCGCCAACCUCAUCCUUCACUUCCAAGACAAGCCCUCAUGGAAACUCGCGGAGCUCGCGGAAGUCACUGAGCUUGCAGUGGAUGCGGUGAGGAAGAGGAUGGUCUUCUGGGUGGGCAACGGGGUAUGUCAGGAGCAGCCUCCUCCAUCGGGAGCGGGGAUCGGGGAAACAGUGUACACAGUGGUGGAGAAAGCGACCGGACCUGUGAUGCAGCAGACGACCGACUUUGCCAUGGAGGAGGAUGACGCAGCUGCACAGGCUAACGAUGCUCAGGAUGAAGUUAUUCGCUCUUACGUCUUCGGCAUGUUGACCAACUUCAAGAUGUUACCUCUCGAGCGCAUACAUAACAUGCUCAAAAUGUUCGUCUCCGACCCUCCAUACACCAAGAAGAUCCAGGAACUAGAAAGUCUGCUCAACGCUCUUAUCGCAUCUGAGAAGUUGGAGUUUGAUGGAAGCAAUUAUUCUUUGAAAUCAAGUUAA